AGGCGCUGGGGGCUCUCCUGCGCCGAGCAGCUGUGGGAGCUCUGCAAUUGCAAGGAGGCUCUUGAAGAGCCUCUGAACCCUCCUCUCCCCGAGCCAGCGCCCCUCCUCUGCAGCGCUGACGGUACAACGAUAUAAUAAUGAUGGGUGGCGGAGGCUCGCAUUUGAACUUGCAGGCGAGCUCCUUUUGACCACAACUCAGCGCAGGAGCCCGGAGUCAGGUGCUCGCCCGUGGGGAGGGAGGGGAGAGCGAGCUCUGGGAGAAGGGGAGACCCGGAACCAGCAUCUCCUCCCAGCACUAACAAGGGGAUUUACUCUUUCAUGCGGCCACUGGGAUCUCUGGACUAGCCUAGAACCACGUUGUGAUUUUUUGCAAUCUCUGCAGUACACUACCUUUUAAGGUCAAGAUGUUGUUAAGUAUAAAAAGUAUCUUGUGGAUGUGCUCUACAUUAGUUGUAACACAUAUGCUUCCUAAAGUCAAAGCAGAAAAAAAAGCCCAGGUAAAGGGAUCCCUCUCGGGAACUUCAGUCCUGCCAUGCUUCUUUUCAACUACACCCACUAUCGCCUCCAGCUACGCGGCCGAAUAUCUUCGAAUCAAAUGGUCCAAGGUUGAACUGGAUAAAAAUGGAAAAGACGCAAGAGAAACCACAGUCCUGGUUGCUCAAAAUGGAAACAUCAAAAUAGGCCAAAACUACAAAGACAGAGUGUCUGUUCCAACCCAUUCGGAGGAGACCGGCGAUGCUUCGCUGACUUUCUCUAAGCUGCGCGCGAGCGAUGCAGGCGUGUACCGCUGUGACGUGAUGUACGGGGUUGAGGACACACAGCAUCUUGUAGCGUUGGCUGUGGAUGGUGUUGUAUUUCACUAUCGUGCUGCAACCAGCAGGUAUACUCUGAAUUUUACACAAGCUCAGCAGACUUGUCUGGACAACGGUGCUGUCAUAGCAAGUCCUGAACAACUGAAAGCGGCCUAUGAAGAUGGAUUUGAGCAGUGUGAUGCUGGCUGGCUGUCUGACCAGACUGUUAGAUAUCCAAUUAGACAUCCAAGAAUUGGCUGCUUUGGAGAUAAAAUGGGGAAGAAAGGAGUCAGGACAUAUGGACGCCGUUUUCCUAAUGAAACUUAUGACGUAUAUUGCUAUGUGGAACACAUGAAAGAUGAAGUGGUUCAUGUCUCGGUUCCUGAGAAGCUAACCUUCGAAGAAGCUAAGGAGCUGUGUCAGAAAAGAGAUGGCGUCCUUGCCUCUGUUGGGAACCUGUAUGUUGCCUGGAGGAACGGCUUCGACCAGUGCGACUAUGGCUGGCUGGCUGACGGAAGCGUUCGCUACCCUGCCUCUGUGGCUAGGCCGCAGUGUGGAGGAGGUUUACUUGGGGUGAGAACCCUGUAUCGCUAUGAGAACCAAACAGGCUUUCCUUACCCAGAUAGCAAGUUUGAUGCCUACUGCUAUGAACGAAAAAAAAUCAUACCAGAGUCUACAACUCUUAAACUGGGUACGUCUCCGAAAACUGCGUCAGACAGUGUGAAACCAUCRUCUGCUAAAGUUACUCUUAAACCUCCUGUUUUUGAGCCUUCAGUUACUGAAGUGGCUAUCACCGAAACAAAGGUCCCUUACUUAGAAGAAACAACCUUUGAGACUGAAGAAGGUAGAGAAAUGACUACUGGUUUGGCUGAGGAAAAAAGGGAAAUGGAGGUGCUUAUGAAGAGCAAUCAGUUGACCACUGUUCUACCUCAGACUGUCACAGAUGGAGAGUUAAGCACUUAUGAUACACUGGGAAGGACUCAGUAUGAUGUUUCACCUAGCUUAGCAGAGAGUACAUCUGCACCUUUGGAGGAGCACACUUAUUCUGAAGCAGAAUUGCCCGAGGAACAAGGUAGGUCUGAAAGCAUUGAGGACGCUUUCUUGACCUCUGUCACUUUUCAGGAUAGCACCACUGUAGUUAAGAGUUCUUCUGUUUCUUGGGAAGAUAUUGAAACAGGCAAUUCAGAAAACCAUGAUGAUGAUGACCAGACUGAACAAAUAGAAGUGGGUCCUAUGAUGACACCUACAGACAGCUUGGUAUCAACUUCACAGAGGGGUUUUCCCAGGACAGGGACUUCAGUUUCACUAACAAAAGAGAAAAGCUAUUUGGGUACCCAGUCAACAAAAGAACCUACAAAAAAAUCAAUGGAAGCAAAAUCUGACAAGGAGCUUACAACUGUUGUAAUCCCCAAAUCUUUUUUCACUGAUCAGUAUGAUCUUACAACAGAGGGGGAGGGCAACGAAAGCAUGUUCACUGUUACACCCGAUAGGAUUUCUGGCAUGGUGACUAGUAACAUCCUAAAAUCAGAUGUUCCUGCUGUAUCAGAAACAUUCUUGGAUGAGCAUGUGGUAACCACUGAACAAUUUUCUAUGGCCAAUGAGUCAACUCCCUCAUUGAAAUUUAGUUCCUCUGCAACUCUGUUUGAGGAUAAUGAAGCAUCGGCUGAAGGAAGCAGAGAGGACUUGAAAGAUGAGCAGCCUACCAUGUCAUCUGCAAUGCCUGUGUCUUUUACUCUACCAGCUGUUAAUCAGACAGGAUCUGAGGCCAUCACUCUCUCAGGAAGUGGUACUUUCCCACAAAGCUUUGGAGAGAAUGUCACAUCCAUCAUCCACUCACCUCAAGAAACAGUAAGAUCGACCAUUUUAGAAGAACAGGAAAAAACGAAAGAGCCAGAAGAGUGGACAAUAGAUGUUACGAUCCCUUACGGCACAACAGUCAUUCCUGCUUCUGUUACAGCAGAAUCUGAGGGACAUUUUGUAAGUGAGAAGUCAACACCUGCUCCUUCAGCCUCCAGCAUAUGGCUACUGACAGAAAAGGAUCAGGAUUACAUAACAAGAGAGUCAUCUCAUAUUAAGAGAAUAAAUGAGAUGAGUACCGAAGAUGGUGUAUCUGGAAUGGAGCCUACAUCCUCUCCAGGGGAAAUUAUGGAACACACAGAACACCCAGGAGCAACAAGUUCAGAAAUAACAGAUGGAAUUAAGAUAAGCACUAAGCCAAUGGAAUCAAAUGAUGAUGAAGAAGCUAUAUCUGCUGUUUCUGAUCAGAGUAAAGAUAUUGGAAGUGUCAUCCCCACAAGCAGCUCUUCAGAUAUGGAAGCGAUCGUGGUAUCCGGAAUAUCAGUGGAUGAAGAUAGCAUAACAAUAAAGCCUUUUAAAUCCUCAAGUGAUAGUGAAUUAACAACUGCUUUGCCCACAGUUAUGGAGGGUGCUGAACAUGAAGGAUAUGAAACAUCAGGGUAUAUUUUGAAAACAUCCAURUCUACCCCAGAAGUUGAACGAAGAGAGGUUACUGAGAAAUCAGUAACAACACCUGCUGAUGAAGAUGUCACUACUGAGAUGGAGGUUUCAUUACACACAGCGACAGAAGAAGAUCAGACAAGCAUUGCAAUGGUAACUGAGGAAGAAUCACUGGCAACUCUUCAAGGCAUAGAAGGAACAUCAUCAGAUGGCUUUGAAGGAACAAAAGAAUCCAUAAUGCUUACAGAUGUGACAAAGAUAAAUACUACAGUUGCCCAGAAAGAACAUGAUGCUUCCAUAGUUCCGGAUACUGCUGAAAAUGGUUUCACUAGAGAUAUGCAAAUAAYUGAUCAGACCACUUCUGGUGGUCUCAUUCCAAUGGAAACAACUGCAAAAGACAAURAAGUAUUUCUAAAGGAGCUCUUCACAAAAGAUCAAGAUAUGGAACCAGAUACUUCUACAGAUUCGACCUCACCUGUGACAGCUAUUCAAAUACAGGAACAACAGACGRCAUCAGAAUCUGGAUCAUCUCAGUCAACUGUUCAAGAAAAGCAGGAUGAGGCAGGUUCAGCCUAUGAUGAGACAUAUCCAGCAUCAGAAGUAUCAGUGCCUUCAGUAAAGCUGAUAGAUUAUGGAAGAGUCCUAGGACCUGCUGAAACGAGCACUGUCACCUUGCACCUCACAGUGACUUCCAAAGCUGCAACUGCUGCUGAUCAGGAAGAAAAGUUUACUGAAGCAAUGUCUGCAACAGCAAGUACCCAAACAAAAACAGAUGAAAGCAGAGGAACCACUGCCAGAGAAGAGGACAGCAGCAUAGUGAGUUGGGAAUCUGUGUUGCCCCCUCAUACAGUGCCAACAGACCAUUCUACUGCAGAAAGCAUUACUCUUCUCACGUUGGGAGCUUCUCCAAGCCAAACUUUGGAAGGUUCAGGAGUAUCAGAAGAACCUGAAGAAAUCAAACCGGUUAUAAUUUCAGUAAAUGCAACGGAAAAAACAAUCCUCAGUGAUGUAACUACAUUUUCUGUUAGUGCUGUAGACAAAAUUCAGCCUACAUCAGCAACCAAACCUACUCCAAAGUCACCACAUAUCGUUUUUGAUGAUGAUGAAGCAGUAACAAGUAGUGACAUCAUAGUAAUUGAUGAGUCUAUUUCCCCCAGUAAAGCCACUACUGAUGACGAUCUGACAGGAAGAAUGUCAGAACCGGAAAUUGAUAAUGAAUAUUUCACAUCAUCAACUGCUACUGCAGUUGCACGACCUACUGCACCACCCAAAGUGAAGGAGGYCACAGAGGCUUUACAACCUCAAGAGGUCUCUCCUUCUACUUCAUCCCCUGAUAGUGGAAGUGACAUAAGAUUGUAUGUUAUUCAAAUCACAGGCAAUGAUACAGAUCAUCCGGUGAAUGAAUUAUUGGAUCUAUUCAAUCCCCACAUACWUCCUCAGGCAACAGAUGAAUCCCACAUUGAUACAGAAUCAUCUCAGACUGAACCCUGUACUUCAGACCCUGUGCAGGAUUCAUCUGAAUAUAUUGGACCCUUUAUAUUGGAUCCUUUCUUUCCAGACUUUUUAGACUCUUUGGAAGAGGAGGAAGACUGUGAAAAUACUACUGAUGUUACAACUCCUCCAGCUUUGCAGUUUAUCAAUGGCAAACAACAAGUGACAAGUGCACCUAAAAGCACAAAAGCUGAGGAAGCUAGAAGUGACCAAAUUGAAAGUGUUGCUCAUUCCAAAAAUGUAACCUUUUCACAAAUCAAUGAAACAAACACAUUUAUAAUAUCUGAAAGUGAAGCUUCUGGUACAAGGCAACCAAGCAAAUCUGGAGAAAUAACAGGGGUAUUUGAAGUUACACAACCGACAGCAGAUGUUGCAAUGUUAGAACCUGUAUAUAGUGGUGAGUCAGAAAUAGCCACAACAGAUAAAUCAGUAGAGAUUACUUCUUCAUAUGAGCAUUCUCCACAAAAAACUAAAACGACAGUAACAUGGCACAGAACGGAUAAGACCUCUACUGAAGACACAAAAAACUUGCUUUUGGUUACGAGUGAAUCAUCUGGAGAUGGCUCUACUGAAUCUGAUUGGUCUAGUUCUGUAUUCUCAGCAACAGUAACAAUAUCAGGAAAGGAAGAUGAUGAAAAAAAAAUAGAUAUAACUUCUGCUUCUAAUGCAGUUAUAGUGGAAAGUUCUGCUGUAACUGCUCCACUAGAUGCAGUYUUUGAUACUGCUACUGUUCCCAUAACUGUGAAGGACCUUAAUCCUGAAGAGGUUACCUCUGUUCCAGGAAAUCAUUAUAAAUCAACUAUUAAACUUGAUGCACAGUCCUCAGUUGAAGGUGUUCUGGAAAUGAGAAGCCAUACAGAAGGGCCCAAGAUAAGUGCUUCUUCAUUUAUAGUUACUGAAGGCUCAGGAGAUGUAGAAGAAGAAAUCAAUAUCACUUCAGCAAUGGCAAUGGAAACAGCAGUAACUGAAAAUCUUUCUGUGAAAGAUAUUUCUUUAGGCUCUGGCACAAUACUGCCAACAAAAAAUUCUGUAACAGUUUUGGGAAUCACCCCUUCUUUGGCUAGAGGAACAAGCAGUCCUUAUUCUGCUUUUGAUCAAAGUUCUGGAGUAACUGUUCCCASCAAAACUAUACCUGAGUUUAUUACAGAAAACAUAUUUGCGAGCUCUAUAGUAACUGAAAAAGAAACUGAAGAUGAAAAAGAAAUACAGACCACUGCUUAUUCAGCUAAGGAAAAUUCAACAUCUGUUGUUCAGGGAAAAUCAGAGCUGAAUGAAAUUGAAAGCAUUACUAAUGACGUCAGAACUGUAAGUCAGGAACCCACCGCUCUCAGAGAAACAGUACCAGACACAAAUACUGUACAUUUGCAAAUUAAAAAUGUUACUACCAUUCCUCUCUUGAAAGAGAAGAGGCCUUUCAUAAGUGAAGGAUCAGCAGAAGAACCAGCUGACAUUUUUUCAGGGGGUCCCACAAAAAAAGUGGUAAGUACUGACUCCCCAUUUAUUGAUCCAGGUUCUGGAGAUAUAGAUAUUAUCAUUGAGUCUGCUACUUUGACUUCAGUUCCAUCAAGGUUUAUGACUGAAACACAAACAGAAAAGCAGGAAGGAAAUGUUUACAGCAUAGAUGCUUCAUUGAAGAGCACAACUAUAGCAUAUGAAGAACAUACAAGAAGUGAUAAAUUAGCAACAUCAGUUUUAAGUACUGGGUCAGAUGACUUGAUGAAGGAAGAUGAAGURGUAAGUCAGAUGUCUCAGAAUAUUUUUAGUACAGRAAAUCCAGGAGAGCUAAAACAGGAAACAGAAGCAACCUUUACAGUUUCUUCUCAUGAAAAAUCUAGUCCUGGUUCUGGAGAAGAGCUGACAUCUCAUGUUACAUCAGGAGAUAAAACUAAGUAUUUACAAACAGGUGAGGUCACAUCAUCUCCAGAAUAUGUAGCUAAAAACAACCCCCCUGGAAUCAUGGUGACACAUGGUAUUGGAAGUAUAAAAGCAGUAGCUGAAUCUACAGAAAGCAAAAAUGAAAAAGAUGGCUCUUCAGCUGUCUCUCUGGGCAAAAUUUUCCUAAUGGAACUUGGCUCUGGAGAAGAAUUUAAAGGUGACAGCAGCACCUCAAAACUAAUAUCUGAUGGACCUACUGAAAAAAUAUUUUUAACUCAUUUCGCAUUUACUGAUCAAGGAUCAGGAGAAGCAGAGGCUGUCACUGAAUCAUCUACAAAAUUAACAAUUUCACCAACUAAGAGGGCAGAAAUACAAGAGAACUAUGACAAAGAAGUGAUUAGCAUGCCGUCUGUAGAUUAUGCCUUCACUACUGAACCUGAUGAGCUAGUCACAAAUACUGACCAUGAAGUAACCACACURAAAAUUGUAACUGGCAUUAAAAAGGAAGAGAAUGAUUCAGCUGAUGAAGUGAUGACGAGAGAUUUUAUUACACAGUUUCCAUUAGAGGAAGACAGACAUUCUGGGGAGAAUAGACCGAUCUCAUCAAAAGCUACAGAAUCUUCUGAAGAAACAACAGAGGACCCAUUUUUUAAAAAUUCACAGUCUAAUCCAGGAUUUUUAAAUGUUCCCACAAUAGGGCCAUUUUCAGAAGAAAAUAAAUUAGAAACUGAAUAUGUUAAAAAUAUAUCCUUUCCAUCUAAUGAUGAUAGAGUAACUGAGCCUGUAAACUUUGAAAACGAAUAUGUAAGCUCUUCAGUUACAGAUGUGGAAGGAGAAAAUUAUUUUGGACAAAAGGUUUUCCCUACUGAAAAUAUUCCCAGAUCACUCCUGACACCUAAAGAAGACAAGCUAACAAAUAAUGAGAUCACCAAUGAUCUAUUAUUUUCAGGAGAAGGAUCAGGAGAUGACCUUACUGUUAGUCCUUCUAUAGUGCCACUGGCUGUCAAAGAUAUCACAAGUACUUUAAGUCCCCAGACUUUUCAUUCUGCAAAUGUGGGAUCCAAACUUUCAACUGACAUGACACAAGACUUUAAAACAGUUAGCACUGAAUCAAACAUUCAAGUUAAGGAAGAAGUUACAGGUGCUGCAGAAGAGUUGAUUUCAGAAUUAGCAAACUCSAUGGUCACCAGUUCCCCAGCUUUAACUGAACAGAAUUCCAAGAGCUUUGGCUCUAAAGAGGUAAAAGAAAUCAAACAAUAUUUUAUUGUGAGUGAAGAACCUCCCACUAAAGAAACUAACUACAGGAGAGAARCAAAUGAAUCAUAUAAGACAACGACUACUUCUAGAGCUGUUUCUCAAGAGAGAAUUCAACAUUUGCUUAUUAGAGAUGGUGUAACUCCUCCUGCUGUAUUAAUCAGUGGAACUCCUAGUCUUGAAAUAGAAGAGUCAUUCAUAACRUCAACAACAAAAAUGCCAAGCAGACUAUUACCUGAAAACUCUGGGGAAGGAUCUGGCUGGGUUGAUGUUUCAAGUUCAUCUUUCCCUGAUCCAUUUACCCGUUUGUCAACACCUCCUAUGGCAAAAGUAGAACUAAAUCCUUCAUCUAGUGUACCUGGGGAAGUUUAUUCUGAAKUUACAGCAACAGAGGCAUCAAUAGAUGUAUCACAGAUAGCGAUCACUGGAUUGUCACUCCUCUUUACAGAAGAAAAAGAGAUAGUGACAAAUCCAACUACUGUUCAGUCAAGGACAACUCCAUCAGAAGAACUAACAAGUGAUAAUGGUAUAUAUGAGAAGAAUAUUCCUCUGUUUGAUGAUAAAAGAAAYGUACAGAAUAUUUCAGUUUAUGGUGAUAUUACACUAAUUGAAGAUCGACUUGAAAUCAUCCCAGAAAAAUCAAAAAUUAUAGACAUGGAUCACUCCACAUCAAUGCCAGAAGAUAUAAUAAGCGUGCAGACAGUGGUAAACUCUGCCAUAAAACCAACAUAUAGCAGUGAUGUUAACAUGAAUGUUGAUUUGGAGAAAUAUGAUUCAACACCUAAUUUUUACUUACACAAAGAAAAGUCGCUGGGAUCUGGCGAUGAUCUUUCUGUUACUACUUCCAGUCAGCCAAUAAAUAGUGAAUCAACAACAGCUGACCACAAACUAAAAUCAAAUGAUAAGGAUUCGGGAUCAGGAAGUGCCAUGGAGUUCACAACAGGAACUUUCAUCACUGCAGAACUCUCUAAAGUGGACACUUUCCUUCCAACUGUACCAUCACUGGCAAGCCCUCAGGUACCUCAUGAAUCUAAAGAAACUGAAUUUGUGACUAAACAUGUUACACUGGCAAGCACAACGGAAGACAUUUAUGAGCUGAAUACUUCAGCAAACAACCAAGUAAUAGCAGAUCAAAGUGAAAACAUUUCCAUCUCUAGUAUUUCUGGAAUGGGCCCAAGAGAACCAGAUGAUGAAAAACCUGUGGUUCCUUCCCUUAGACCAGAUUUGAUUACUGAGACAGAGCAGGCUUUGACAACCAACAUGUUUGAUGUAAGUGUUUUCACCACACAGCAUACAUCCCCCCACAUAAUGGUGUCAUCUAGCAAGAACGAAGAAGACCACUCUACAGUUUAUAUAGACACAAAAAAAAUAUCAGCAGAAUCAGAAGAAACAGAUUUUUAUUUGGUACCUCAAACUCCUAAAUCCUCAGUAACUGUUCAAUUAGUUAAUGGAGUAUCUGAAUAUCCAGAAGUUGUCAUUCCAAGCACUUUGUCAUCAGAGGAUUCAGAUCAGUCCAACCAUUCAUCAGAACAAACCUUCAAAGAGGUUAAUUCUGAUAUAGCAGCAACAUACAAACCACCUACUACAGAAUUUUUUGAAAAAACAGAGCCUCUACUACAGUUUUCUCCUGACCCUGAACCUGAAAGCACAACUACAGAAACUAUUCCUCAAUUUACUAGAUUUGUAACAGACAAGAUAGAGGAGACAGAGACUUCUGUAAUGGAUCUUGUUGUUACGGAAGAAGCUACUGUUUCUGGAGAUUCUCCAUCAAUACCUGUCUUCCCUACUUCUUUUUUGAGUUUUAGAGAAACAAAAGCACAAAGCACGGAUGUUCCUAAAGUUAGCACAAUUAAAGUUGAAACUUCUUCAGAGAGAGUGAAAGAGCCUAGUCAAGAAGAUGACAGCAGUAAUGAGAAAGAAAUUCCAUGGCUUUUUUCCACACCUAUUUUGGGUUCAUCUGAUAGCGUCGGGGGUAGAGGAUUUACAUCUGAACAGGAAGCAAUUACAAUGUUAACUUCAUCUUCAAAACCUUUGCAUAGGAGUAUGGAAACACAGUCAGCUUUCUUUGUGCAAGAGGAGACCACAACAAUUUCUUCUAACAUUGCAACAACCAGUAUAGCCCCUGAAAAAAAUCCUUAUCAAAGUAAACAGACAACGAUAAGCUCUGAGGAGCUAAAAAAUGCUGAACUUGUAACGUCAUCAUUUUCCCUUCCUGAAGUCACUAAUGGAUCAGAUUUCCAGAUUGGCACCAGUGUGGGUUCAGUUGAAGGCACAGCAGUGCAAAUACCAGGCCAAGAUCCAUGCAAAAGCAAUCCCUGCCAUAAUGGUGGUACCUGCUAUCCACGUGGUUCAUUUUACAUCUGUACAUGUUUGCCGGGUUUCAGUGGUGAGCAAUGUGAAUUAGAUAUUGAUGAAUGUCAGUCUAACCCAUGUCGGAAUGGAGCCACGUGUAUAGAUGGCCUCAAUACAUUUACUUGUGUCUGUCUGCCAAGCUACGUAGGUGCUCUCUGUGAACAAGACACGGAGACCUGCGAUUAUGGCUGGCACAAGUUCCAAGGGCAGUGCUAUAAAUACUUUGCCCAUCGUCGUACGUGGGAUACAGCUGAACGAGAAUGUCGUCUUCAGGGAGCACACCUGACAAGCAUCUUGUCCCACGAAGAACAGAUAUUUGUGAACCGUAUUGGACAUGAYUACCAGUGGAUUGGCCUCAAUGACAAGAUGUUUGAGCGUGACUUCCGCUGGACUGAUGGUAGCCCACUGCAAUAUGAGAACUGGCGACCAAACCAACCAGACAGCUUCUUUUCUGCUGGAGAAGACUGUGUUGUUAUAAUAUGGCAUGAGAACGGGCAGUGGAAUGAUGUACCAUGCAAUUAUCACCUUACCUAUACCUGCAAGAAAGGAACAGUUGCCUGUGGUCAGCCUCCUGUUGUGGAAAAUGCAAAGACCUUUGGAAAAAUGAAACCCCGUUAUGAGAUCAACUCACUCAUUAGAUAUCACUGCAAAGAUGGUUUCAUCCAGCGUCAUAUUCCAACUAUACGGUGUCAAGGGAAUGGAAGAUGGGAUAUGCCUAAAAUUACUUGCAUGAAUCCGUCCACAUACCAAAGGACUUACUCUAAGAAAUAUUACUAUAAACAUUCUUCAUCAGGAAAAGGAACAUCAUUAAAUUCAUCAAAACACUAUCAUCGCUGGAUCAGGACGUGGCAGGACUCAAGGCGCUGAAUGUUAAAUGGUGAAUAGGGAUUUCCACCGUUUCAGCCAAAGUCCUAACUUUCUGUGCCUUUUCUAUCACUUAUAGGAGUAUUAUCAAAUUGUUUUGAAACUACAGACUCCGGUAUUCACAAUGCAUUUUGCAAAAAUAUGGUGUUUAUCAGAAAAUUCAAAUAAAAAAUUAAAAAAAAUAUAUAGUGGAGGGCUACUUGUGGGGAGGAGAGGAAACCAUUUCCAGCCUAUACGGGCUAUUAGUUUUCUAUAUGCCAUCAGUGUGGACAAUUUUAUGAUGUACACCAGCCUACUGCAAUAUUUAAACAGCGCAAUUUUAGCACCAAUGAAAAUGUAAAUAAGAUGAUUUUAAUUGUUCAGUUGUGUGUUGUUUUUAAAAUCCUGUAUAUAAAAUGAAAACUCACACUAAUUUCAGGCAUAUUUAUGGUUAGACUGGCCUCAGAGGUCUUCAGUCAUUUAUGACAUUGUUUCUAUGUCAUUCACCUAGGCUGGAAAUGGUUGAAAAAAACUGCAUUGACGGAGAUUUGCUAUAACCAGAUGAAGAUAAACACAAAUUACUUCUUUUUUUUUUUUUUUUAAUGGGAUCUGUGCUAUUUACAAUCCAAGGUACAGUUUGUGUCAAGGUGAUGCAAAAUUUAGACAUAGCACAUAAAGUGGGAUGAAGCAUGAACUAGGGACUGCAAUGUGGAACUUUUUUCUGCUCUCCAUUCCAGCUUCAUCAUUCAUGAGAAAGGACUGCAUGGAGGACUUGUAUAUGACAAGGAGGGCCUGUAAAAAUUCAAGUGCUAAUACAUUAACUUGAUCAACCACAGCCACUUUUUGAAAAAAAAAAAAAAAAAAAAGAAAAAAGAAAAGGAAAAAAAAAGUGACUUUCACAACAUUAACCACAAGGUCUAUAUUACAGGUCUCUGCAUUCUAAAAUGGAGCUAGACCUAGUUUUUGAGGAUUUUUUUUGUAAAAACAAGCAAAAAUCAAAAAGUAAAUAAUUUUGUAUAUAUAACCAUUUUUUAAUCUUUUUAUAAAGUGAUGAAUGUUUGUGUAUGGAUGCUGCAGCUGUGAAGCGUACAUAAAUAAAUGAAGUAAGCCAUACUGAUUUAAUUUAUUGGAUGUUAUUUUACCCAAGCAAAGAAGAUUAAAAAAGCUCACCAGUGCCAUAUUAGCCCCUGAGCUCCACUUUUGGAAAAAUCUUUCAGUUCAACCACUGUUUCCCUGGAGAACAAAAUUCCUACUAAACAGGAUCAUUUGUUUGCAAUUAGAUGGGUGAGAACUGUGUGAUUUGCAGAAGAAUCAGGAUCAUGGCUUUCUAGAAAGAAGUGUGUGCACAAAGAGAUUAUAGAUUAUAGUUGGUGAAGUGCGUACGUAGGAGUUUUCUAUUGAUUUUUUUUCCCCCUGGUCAUCUUGAUGACUGACCUGGGUGUGUACAGUAAGUAUAGAAGGUAACACUUAAAAUAACCUCUCCACAGAAAGGACUGUGCAUGGUUAUUUCUGUAAAGUGCCUUCCACACCUUUGGGCACAGGAAAAAAAAAAGUUAAAAAAAAAAAAAAAGGAACAGUAAGUUCCCUAUGAUACACCUUUUAAAGUACUGUUGCAAAUACAAACAUAGAUGGGAGGUUUUUGCCUUUUCGUUAAUGUGGGGAAAUGAUGACAAAAGUUGAAAAGGAAAGGAAAAGAACUGCAAACCCUGCYGACGUGUAAGAGCUUGUAGCAGGUAGAGUUGCUCAUAAAGUAACCUUGCCGUAGCUCACCAGGUGCAGAGAUUACAGUUCCUGAAAASAUCUCUCCAGUGACCGUUCCAGCAAGUAUACCCUGAUUUUUGUGUGUUUUCCAAGGCAAAACGUCACUGGGUUGGCCGGUUUGUUCCCCACGCCCUAAACAAUGCACAUAAUACUUUUCUCUAUUUAUAUUAUAUCUUGUAUAGUGUAUAAUGUGAAUGUCUGUUAUUUUGUGAAUGAAAGUCUAAAAUCUUUGUAACUUUUAUAUCUGCUUCUGUUUCACCAAAGAAACAAGGUUUUGCUAUACUGUGACUUGUCUUGUUAUUGCAUGUCUUCCUGUUUAAAUCUAUGCAAUGUGAUUUUUCCAUAUGAAUACAAUUAGAUCAUCACAGAUGAGCAACUGUCAGGUACUUCACAGUUAAUGUGGGCUGGAGUCAAAAGAGAAUCAUCUGGCUGAACUUUUAUAGGUGCUGGGUUUGACUUUAUACAAGAAACUGUAUGGGAUAUGAGAAUGAUAUUUUAAGAUCUACAGUGUGUGUUUUGAAAACAGUUUUUGCUUGUAUAAGUCAAGGUUCUGUUCAUAAAUAUACAGCAUUCUACACAUCACUUCCUUGUACCAAAACAUACAGAACAGAAAGUAUAUUUUAACACUUUGCAAACUUUCUCACCAUAUGUAUAAAAAACCCUGCAUAGAUUUAUUGUUUUCUUGUCUACUUGUUGGAUUUAAACAAUGUUGUAAGGCAUUCAGAUAACAUUGUGAUUGUAGUUUAAAUAGGUUAGGUACAGUGCUUAUAUUGAUUUUUUUUCACCUUCUCCUAAUACUCAUAAUAAAAUAGGUCUGACAA